AUGCACAAUUUUUUGUUUUGGUAGGUAGAUUUAAAAACAAACAAGCAGUCUUUGGUAAAAAUAACUGAAAACUAUGAGAAUUGUAGUUGAAGGAUGUGCCCAUGGCGAUCUCGACAGAAUUUAUAAUACAAUUCAAUCAAUCGAAAGAAAUCGAAAUCAAAAAUUUGAUCUUUUGAUUUGUAGCGGUGAUUUUCAAAGUACAAGAAAUUUAGCGGAUCUGCAAUGCAUGGCAGUACCUCCAAAGUAUCUUGACAUGUGUUCUUUCUACAAAUAUUAUAGCGGUGAGAAAAUUGCUCCGAUUCUUACGAUUUUCAUAGGCGGGAAUCACGAAGCUUCAAAUUACCUCCAAGAGUUAGCGUAUGGAGGAUGGGUAGCACCAAAUAUUUAUUAUCUUGGUUAUGCUGGUGUUAUCAAUGUCAAUGGUGUUCGUAUUGGCGGGAUUUCAGGUAUUUUUAGAGAUUAUCAUUUCGAGAAAGGUCAUUUUGAAUUUCCGCCGUACGAUCAAAGUUCUAUCAGAAGUGCUUACACCAUAAGAAGUCUUGAAGUAUUUCGUAUGUCACAGCUUACUGGAAAAAUGGAUAUAAUGAUCUCACAUGAUUGGCCUGACCAAAUAUGGGAGUAUGGAAAUAAAGAGCAAUUGUUGAGGUUCAAGCCAUAUUUUCGCGAUGACAUGGAGAAUGGAAAAAUGGGCAGUGGGCCGUGUUUUGAUCUAUUGACAACACUAAGGCCUCAUAAUUGGUAUUCUGCUCACUUGCAUUGUCGGUUUGAUGCAAUUGUUCCUCACAGUGAAACUGAAGCAACGAAAUUUGUGGCACUUGAUAAAUGUCUGCCGAAAAGAAAGUUUUUCGAUUUCCUCAACAUUGAAACUGAGUCAUCGAAUCCAUCACAAAUCCCUGUUAUAAAAUAUGAUUUGGAAUGGCUCACAGUUCUUCAUUUAACCAACAAUCUUCUUAAUGUUAGCAAAAACUUCACAAAACUUCCUCUACAGCCAGGACCUGACGAUCCUCAAGAUAAUGUGCAACGUUUUGAGUUUACACCAUCACAGGAUGAGAUGAAUGCAGUGUUGGAAAAGUUUAAUAAUGAUUUAACAAUUCCACAAAAUUUCAAGCAAACCGUACAUGCUUACGAUCCUCAAAGAGAUGGAAUCAAUUUCAAGAAUCUGAACGAACAAAUCAUCGUUGCAUUAAACCCGCAAACGACAGAAUUUUGUGAAAAGCUUGGAAUUGACGAUCCGCUAUUUUUAGCUGCAAAAUUUGGUGGUUUGGAUUUGUACACAUCAAAUGUGAAUUUUAAUCGUGAGAAUUUACUAAGUCAAGAUUCUUCCGAAAUUAAAAAAGUCUCACGAGUGCCACUCGCUUCAUUUCUUCCUGAACCAAAAUUUGGAAAUGAUGAGGAAAUAAAUUUAGAUGAACUUGAUGAUGAAAGCAAAGAAACAUCAGCAGCAAGUGAACAAAAUGAUUCCAUUUCUGAUAAAUUAACUCAACCAAUAGACGGGGAAUUACAUUCAAAAACUUCCGAUCCGCAAGAAGAUGAAAUUGUUGCACCACCGUCAAAUAACAUCACAUUAAUAUUUAAAAGUCAUUCAAAGAUGAAACUAAUUAGCUUUGCUUUAUUUUUUUCCGUUUUGGGAAUAAUUUCCUGUAAAAAUGUUUUAUUCUUGAGUGGAAUUGCAUCACCAUCUCAUCAUUUAUGGAAUCGAGUUUUGAUAAAAGGUCUUGUGCAAAAAGGUUACAACAUCACGAUGGUUUCGGUUGACAAUUAUGAGAAACCAGAACCGAAUAUUCAUUACAUAUUCAUGGAAAAGGUUUAUGAGACAAUUUAUGAUGGUGACAGUAAAAUUGACUUGUUGUAUAUGAGUGAACAAAUUCCUUUUUUUGCGAUCAAAGAUGUGAGAAUGUUUUGUGAACGUUGUUGUGAUGGAGUUAUAAAUUCCAAAGGUCUUGACAUCAUAUUGAAUUAUCCGGAUGAUUUCAAGUUUGACGUUGUCAUUUAUGAUUUCACAUGUGGGCCUUGCUUUCUUCCAUUGAUACAUAAGUUCAAUUACCCACCUCUUGUCAGCGUUACAGCAUUCAGCAAACCACCAUAUUUAAAGCACGUGAUUGGGGGUCACAAUUAUCCUGCUUAUGUUCCGCAUUACUCACUAAAAUUCCCACAACUUAUGAAUUUCUUUCAACGAUUCUUCAACACAAUUCUAUUAACUUAUGAUUCCAUUGAACGUCAAUACAUUUUACUUCCAAAAAUGGAGAAAAAACUUCGCGAAAGAUUGAACUUCAAAGAUUUUCCUUCACUUGAUAAAUUGGAACAGAAAACGAAAUUGGCUUUGAUCAAUACUGACGAUGCAAUCGAUUUUCCUGAACCUUUGCAGCCAAACGUGAUUCAAGUUGGAGGCUUACAAAUCACUCCACCAAAGCAACUUCCAGAUAACUUGCUGAACUUCAUAGAAAAGUCAAAGAAAGGGACGAUUCUUAUGUCUCUUGGUACGAACAUAAAAUCAAAUAUGUUGGGUGAUGAGAUAUUGACAAAUAUCAUAAAAACCUUCGCACAAUUGCCACAGUACAAUUUCAUAUGGAAAUUUGAAUCGGAAGCUGAUCAACUCCCAAUUUCAAUAACAGAGAAUGUUUUAAUAGCAAAGUUUUUGCCACAAAAUGAUAUUUUAGCUCACCCCAAAGUCAAAGCUUUUAUUACACAUUCUGGUCUUUUAAGUACUCAGGAAUCUUUAUGGUACGGAAAGCCAAUGAUUGCAAUUCCAUUCUUUUGUGAUCAAGAUCGAUCAGCAAGCCAUGCAGUUCACAAUGGUGUUGCAGUUAUUGUUGAUUUUAGAACAUUGAAUGUUGAUAAAUUUAAAGAAGCAAUUUUGUCAAUCUUGGAAAAUCCUUUGUAUGAACAAAAUGCUAAAACGAUUUCAAAACUAUUCCAAGAUAAACCUCAACGACCACUCGAUGUUGCCCUUUGGUGGAUUGAUUACGUCAUAAGAAAUCCAUCAGCACCGCAGUUUGCAUCACCGACUCUUCAAUUAGGUUUUUGGUCUUCUAAUUCUUACGAUGUGAUUCUUGUCAUUGUUAUUCUGACUCAUUUAACAUUUUAUUUUAUUAUCAGGUUUUUAAGAUGUUUUACAAAAAGUAAAACAAUUAAAAGUGCGAAACUUAAACGCAACUAAGAACUUUUGAAUAAAAUUUAUAAAUUCUUAUAAAAACUCAUGAAA